AUGGAGACCCGCCAGGUGUCCAGGAGCUCCCGGCUGCUGCUGCUGCUGCUGCUGCUGCUCGUGCCCUGGGGCAUCCGCACUGCCUCAGGAGUCGCCCUGGCCCCCGCAGCCGGGGUCUUCAGCCUCCGCACCCCCGGCCGGGUCUGGCCGGGUCCAGCCGCCCGCCUCUCGCGGCGGAGCCUGGCGCUGGCGGACGACGCGGCCUUCCGGGAGCGCGACAAUUCAGCAAUGUCCACAGCUUCCAUGACCAUCUGCCGUUGA